AUGGCCACUGGAUCGCUUAGGAGGAAGUUAAAUAAGCGAUCGGAUCCCAGGCCUUACACUCCCAUGGCUGCUCGGCCCAAGUCCUCAAACUACAGAAAUACCUCUCUGAUCCUCUCCGUCGUUCUCAUUGUUGGCGUUUUUAUUCUUCUGGGCAUUUCUUCGAACAUUUGGAGUAACGUCAGUUUCUCUGCCGUUUCCGCCAGCAUUUUCUCAAUCGAGGUAGUCAAUGAGUUCCCUCACGAUCCCAACGCCUUCACCCAGGGUCUUCUUUAUGCUGGAAAUGAUAGCUUAUUCGAGUCAACUGGUCUUUAUGGGAAGUCAUCAGUGCGCAAGGUAGCUCUUCAAACAGGGAAGGUUGAAGUUCUUCAGAAGAUGGAUGCUUCUUAUUUUGGAGAGGGAUUAACUCUCCUUGGUGAAAGGCUAUUCCAAGUAACUUGGUUGACGAAAUAUGGUUUCAUAUAUGACCGAAAAAAUUUAAGCAAAUUUGAGAAGUUCACUCAUAAGAUGCAUGAUGGUUGGGGACUGGCUACUGAUGGGAAAGUGUUAUUUGGAAGUGAUGGCUCGUCAGUGUUGUACAAGAUUGAUCCUCAAACAUUGAAAGUGACCGACAAACGUAUUGUCAAAUACAAAGAUCAUGAAGUGCACAACCUCAAUGAGUUGGAGUUUGUAAAAGGCGAAGUUUGGGCAAACGUUUAUCAGACUGACUGCAUUGCUAGAAUCUCGCAUGAAGAUGGCAGGGUGCUUGGAUGGAUUCUCCUUCCAAAUUUAAGGGAAGGCUUACUAGCAGCUGGGAAUCAUGGUAUUGAUGUUCUAAACGGCAUUGCAUGGGAUAGUGACAAAAAACGUAUCUUUGUGACCGGAAAACUUUGGCCGAAGCUUUAUGAGAUCAAGCUACAUCCAAUAAAGAAACAUUUCAGAGAUGGAGCCAUUGAGGAGCUCUGCCUGCGGAGGCCAUUCCAUUUUUGA